CAGCUCUUUAACCUUUAAAUAUGUCUGAUUCACUCCAAGAUCUUCUCAACAUUAUCCUUCUUCAAGAAGAAAAGUGUGAAUUCGCAUCCUUCAAAUCUGAAGAUGCACUUGCUUUAGGUCUUUUAUUAAUUGAUAACGCUAAACCUUUCAAAAAGUCUGUUGUUAUUGAUAUCACCUUGAAUGGUCACCAACUUUUCCAUUAUGCCAUGGGAGGCACUACUAAAGACAACGAUGAAUGGGUUCGCCGCAAAAACAAUACUGUCAAUCGUUUCGGCCGCUCCAGUUACUAUGUAGGACGUCAUCUUGCUAACCAAAACAAGACUGUCGAAGAAAAGUAUUUUGUCGAGGAAAAAGAAUAUGCUACACAUGGUGGUGCUUUCCCCUUAAAAAUCAAAGAUGUUGGUGUAGUUGGAACCAUCACAGUUUCGGGUCUUGCUCAAGAGGAUGAUCAUAAUUUAGUAGCCAAUACUAUCCAAGAAUAUCUCGUCUCCAAGGCUUAAUCUCCAUUACAAAUCAAUAAUAAAACAGUCACCUUUGAAUCUAGCGACUUCUUCUUUCUUCUCUUAUCCAUUUGACUGUGAUGUAGGAUAAAUUAGAUUUAGUGCACGUGCGUAAUCCAAUAAAAUCCCGCGUUCUCCCGGGAAGCUUUCAUACCACAAGUUUGUAACGAUCGUGGUGUAUGUUUUAUAAUAUCUACAGAUGAUGCUCUUAAACAAUUUGGUAGCUAUCUUUCUAAUAUUAAAAUUAACUUUCGUUAUCAAAGAGUUAUGAAAGUAUUCCUUUUCUUUUUCAACAAAUCACAAGCACUUUUUCUUUCUGCGUUAUAUUAAAACCAGCCGUUUUUUUUUUCUUUCUCUCU